AUGCCAUCGGCAUUCACCUACCUCAUAACGACCCUACUCAUCGAAGUAGAAAUCUCGAAGUGCGACGUCGCCAAAGUUCUAGUCGAUACUGGCAGUUCGGUUGAUCUGAUCUUUCGCGAUACACUCGAUAAGAUGGGAGUCGAUUUACGCAAUAUGAAACCGUGGUCUCGCUCCCUCACCGGAUUCAACGGAGCUUCCGAGACAAUGAUCGGAACGAUCAAGCUCCCAGUCUACGCGUGUGGAGUAACACACACAGUUAAGUUUUCUGUUAUCCGAACAAAGGCUCCAUAUAACACAAUCCUCGGGACCCCCUGGUUACAUUCGAUGAAGGCAAUAUCAUCGACGUAUCAUCAGUGCGUGAAGUUCCCAGGACCGAACGGUCAAGUACAGACACUUCGCGGAGACCAGCAGGCGGCACAUGAUCUACUGAUUGCAACAGUGAAGAUGAAACAAUCGACCCCUCGCAUCAACGCAAUAGGAAAGCAAAUCCAACCUCAAAAAGAUAAGAUUCUAGAAGUCGCGAUCGACGACUCAGACCAAAGCAAAGUAGUCCGAGUCGGCCCUUUCCUCUCCGAAGAAAUGCAACGCGCGAUGAUCGACUUUCUGAAGCAGAACAAGUCAACUUUCACGUGGACAACCUCCGACAUGAAGGGAAUAAAUCCCACCAUAACGUCCCACGAGUUAAACGUAAAUCCAACCAUCAAGCCCAUUCGGCAAAAAAGACGCAAGCUUGGCCAUGAGCGAAGCAAGGCCGUCAACGAAGAAGUAGAGUGA